AUGCUCUCUUAUCCACUGGAGCGACGUUUUCGAUGGAAAUGGUUCCCUUACUUUGCCUUGGGGGGUGGAUUUACAGCACUGGUGGUUAUUAUAGUUCUCAACAUUUCUCUGACUGGGUACGAGACCGUCACUGUGUUCCGGAGUGACUACGGAACGCGUCAAACACACUGGUACGACAGUUUUCAGACGAAAGAGCCAGCCCCGCUUUGCGACACUCGCGUCUUCAAUGUGGGCGAUGCUCUCACAACGAAUUACACACUCUUCGCUUGGACUUUGGAGAGCAUUACCGUUGCGAAUGCCGGAAACUCAGGGUAUGCGUAUAACGGAACUACGCUCACAAACUGUGAUAUAUCCUCCCUCUUUAUCACUGGGGACCUGAGGUCCUGGACAGACAAGGAGUACGACAUCACCGCAACCACGAGGUUUUCGAUCUCUUCCUUGCCAGGAAGCUAUUCUCCUCUGCUGGGUAUGGCCCGAUCUCUUGAAGCUGGUGGACAGGGUGAUAAACGAGCUAUAAUUAUCGACUGGUUGAUACAGGUAGCCAAUAUUGACCUAGGCAGCCGAGUAGGCACCGCUUUCCAGAAUUCAGGGGGGUCCAACUACGUGAUGGUUUCCCUCCAAGUUGACUUCGACCAGUGCCCACCGUCCCUAGGACCAAAUGCGUCGUGUGGCAUCAAACCUCCCUCAUAUCUCGUUUCUUCGUCGACUUUCGUUUAUCCCAAUGGAACGCUCUCACAAUAUAGCGCCUCCUCUCCCGUUGACGCGACCAAUCAGUUCAACAUAGAUGAUGAUAUCGCAGGACCGCUGAACAACAUUAUCAGGAUCAUCCACGAUGCCGCACGCGUCGACCUUGGCAUCGACAGCCCCAACAAUUUGAUUCUCCAUUCCGAGGUCGCCAAUGCGUCCCUGGUAACAACUUUCCCUAUAACCAUCCUCAAUCCCACAAACUCCACGUCGGCUUCCUUGUUGUUGGACUGGAUCAAUCCUACUUCUGCUAUGAAGCCUUAUUUGCCUGUCAAUGUAUCGGGGGAGGCUGAACUCCAGGUGGUUUAUUUAUGUCGGCUACAGCAACGCAAGGCAGCUGGGCAGUUGUUUAUAUCAGUGCUUGUGGCAACGUUGAGCAUGUUCUCAAGCGGAUGGGCACUUUUCCUCUCGGUGGCUACCAUCAUUGCCAAGCGUCAAGACACAACAGCCAACAUCUGCGAAGGCCAUUGUGGUCAAUGGCACAAGGAUGGUCAAGCCAUUAACUCUUAUUCGUCCGACUUGCGGAGGAAGCUCGGCCAGAAAGAAUACGAGCCUGUAGAGAACAUAUCGUUGGAGCCAAU